GAUUUGUUAAAACUGAUCAGACUUUCGAACGAUCGAAAGACGCGCGCUUCUAGAAAACGUUUCUUUUGUGAUCGUGUCGCCCUCGCGAUAACGACGGUGAGUUCGGAUAAAGUUAACGGCGGCACAUGCAUAAGUAAUUCUCUCUCUCACUCUCUCUUUUUCUUUCCGCACGCGCGUAUUUACGUGUAUGUGUAUCGCGCGCGCGCGCGCGCGCGCUCAAUCUCGAUCUCUUUUCGUCUCUACCGCGCGUAUAUUUAUAAACGUGAAAUGGUGAAAUGGCACGAGCACUCGGCUGCUUGCGAUAUCUUCUAAUCGCCGGUACUAUCGUUCUUGGCAUAUCAGGAAUAAUAACAUCCGCCUUCGCAGGAUUUUUUUUAUAUCAAUUAAACGAAUAUGAACAACUCACUCCUGAAAAUGUUUAUGGUCCAUCCAUUGUUCUCUUGGUUUUGGGUAUCUUCACAUGUGCCGUUGGUUGGUUGUCCUGGCAUUUUCUCGAUUUUACGCAAAAGGGACAAUCAAUAUUAUUUGUUACAAGUUUGGUGAUUAUUUCCUUAUUCGAAAUGAGUGCCGGAAUAUGGACUGUUGUCAGACACGAACAAAUAGAUUUUCUUCCGGCUGCUCAUCUUGACAAAAUAUUUACAGAUGAAAAAAAUCAACCUUUAUGGGAGCACAUACAAACGAAGUUUCGUUGUUGCGGAAUAGACGGACCUAUCGAUUAUCGAGGAAUAAAUUCGGUUCCUUGGUCUUGUUGCGAUGUAACAUCAUCACUAAAGCCAAAUAACGAUAAAUCAGCUUGUACUUCUAUAUACGGCAGAGGUUGUCACCAUGUAAUGAUAAGUCGAACAAAAUCGAUUUUAUUACACGUGUUUCUACUUAGUCUCGGUAAAUUAGUAUUGGAGAUUUGUCUGAUAAUAUGUACAACCUGUUACAUGAAAGCUUCUACGAAUAGAAUAGAAAAAAGAAGGCAGGAUGCAUUGACUCGCAGAAUAUCCUCACAAGUGGUAUAUCAUCCGGAUAAUAAUAAAAAACUUUUGAAUCAGCCAUUGUCCGUAUCCAGAACCAAAUCCAUUGGAUAAUUUAAUUAUUCAAUCGAAUUUUUAUAAGUUCGAUCAUUUGGAACAUUCAAGUUGAAUCAUUUAAGAUUUUGUCAAUGCGAUUAGAUUUUCGACGAUAAGAUAUCAUGAAUAGAGUAUGAUUCAUUACGAUAUGUCCCGAUGACGAAAAUAAGUAAGGAGACAUUCGUGAAAUAAAACAUAAUUUUU